UCUGCUUAAUCGGACUUUCAACAUCAAGUACAGAUUAGCAAGACUACUGUAUUGGUUUAACAUUUUUUAUGUUUUUUUUGUAAUUUUCGUUAUGUAAACACAAGAAAUUUAAUAAAUUUCCUUGACAUGUUGGAAUAGUCUGAAUUAAAUUUGUCAUUUUUUAGAAAUAAAUAUAGGCAGACAACAUUACUCCAGCGCUACAUAAAUUUCAUAAAGUAAAAUUAGUUACAGUCGGUUUUCUUAUUGUAAUGAUUAAUGAAGUUAUGAUUAAGCAUUCGAUUAAAACUAUUUUGGUAACAAAGAGCCGCACAAAUACUGAAAAAAAUAUGAUUUGAUGGCAUCGUCAAAAAAAUGUGAAAUAUGAAAAGUGAAACGCAAUAAAACUGAUGAUAAACACAAAGCAGUAAAUACGCAACAAACGUACUCACUUUAUUAAAUGCAUAUUUAAUGGGACAUAAACAGUGACGUACAUUUACAAAAACUUGUUUAUAUUGAUUCUACUAAGAGUGAAAAUAACGUAAAUACCAGUUGUUCUGAUAAAAACGUUGACAUGAAUGUAAUAAAAUGCAAACUAAACAUAAGACAAGACACAGUUUCCAUUUGUACAAACCCUUAAGUCAGAUCUUAUCAUUCUUCGCUUUUCUUCCAGACUCAAGUAAAUUUCAUUGUUGUUUUUCUUUAUUUUUCUGCGUUUCGUUUCUUUACUGGUCUGUUGCAACUUUCGAACAUCCAGAUUCAGUGAGGAGUCUGGACAUAAUCAUCAGUAUUUUGUCAUCUGUGUGUAUAGCCAUUUCGAUCGUCCAGAUAAAUUUUUUUCAAAAAAAUAAUUUCUUCAGCUUAUUGACCAAUUUAAAAAUCAUUGACUGGUCAUUGUAUCAGCACUACAAAAUUGAGACAAAAGUCAAUUUCAUGACAAGACUGAGAUUCAUAAACAUAUUUUUUUCAAAUAUUCUCUUUAUUCUAAUUGAGGCUGGAAUUGGAUUGUCGUUUUUUAACUUAACUUUUUUCUUUCACCACGUAGCUCAAUAUAUUCCAUUUCCUCCAGUCGUAUUACUUAUUGUGCAAUAUGACUACUUCGUGAAUUCAAUUCGAAGAAGAUGUAAACUGUUGAACCGCAAACUUUUGGAGCAAUUGAACAACAUCACUGUUUUAAAAAACACUAAAAAUCCCCGAAUUCGUUCGAUUCUUCAUCAAAAUAUCAAACCAUAUUUCUUUGCAAAAAACUACGAACGCGUUUAUGACUCGGUUGCGUUAGUGAAUGAAAUAUUCGGAGUCCAAAUUCUCUUCAUAUUUGCCAUCAUACAAGUGUUUAUAGUUAAGGGUCUUAAUAUUAUCUUGACUUUCAUCUCGAAAGAAACAAUGAUGACCCAAAGAUUUUUCAUUUUUGCGUCGAAUUUGUACGGCUGUUUUAUAUUUUUGUGUUAUGGACUUCUCAUAUCGUCAGUAUGUACAGACACUGUUUUGGAAAUGAAACAAGCCACAUUCAUAGCGUGGCAAUUAAUUCUUAAGUUGCCAAUCGAUAACGAAUAUGACAAUAAGUACAUGGAUAUUGAAGAAGGACUGAUUUUUGUACAAACAAUUACUUUAAACAGACUGACACACUUUUCUGCUGCAGGUUUUUUUACUGUAGAUUUUACAGUAAUGUUUUCUUUAAUUAGUUCUGUUUCCUCUGUCGUAAUUUUAAUUAUUCAACUAUUUGCCUGAAUAGUAAUUAAAUAACAAUAAUGCGUAGCUUAAAACAUCAUAAUUCCCAUUCUCAUUAAUUGUUAUAAUAGAAGAAGAAACGAAUUAAAUAUUAUGGAAAAAACAUUUUUUCUUAAUCUAUUAAUUCAGUGAUUUAAAACUUUAAAUAGUAAAAUUAAAACGUUAAACUAAGUGUAUUUUGGGUUGCCUGAUCCUUACAAACACUCACGGACGGAAAUACAAGCAGACAAUACUAAAGAUCAAGAAAUAAACCAUUUGGAAAAAUACUGUUAUGUACAUGCUUGCAGUGCUAUCAUAUCUUUAUUGAUACAAUUUUUA